AUGGUCGCGCGACCCCGAAGUGCGAACAUAUCGCGUGGCGAAACCGAAAGAAUUCAUCAAAAGUCUUUCAACAAGCUCGCUGUUGCGACAUCUACGCGUCUAUUAUCUGCCGCAGAAUCUCCAGUUCGCAGCGCAUUAAGACAUCAUCAUCACAAAAAUGUGACAAAAUCAGAAAAACGAAUGUUCACAAGAAAGCGAUAUGCACCACGGAGACAAGAAUCUCCUUCGCCGCCACCUCCUGUGCCCAGUGUCAAACGUGAAAGCACUAUGCGAAUAGAUUCUAUUAAAACCUCACAUAUUGCAAAAGUGACAAGCAAAGAAAAUCUAUAUGAACCAGCACCAACGCGACCUCCAUCACUUAAAAUUGAAGUAAUAAAGCCUCCUCAAUCGCGGGAGACUACCGAGCCACCUGAACAAUUAAAAAUGAUGGUUCCACCUCCCGAUACUGUUGAGGAAGAAAUAAUCCAAGAAAUAUCACCUCCAAUGUCCGAGUACGAAGAACUACCAUUUGGAACUGAACAACGUGAUCUUCCACCUUUGCAAACAAUAGCGCGGAACAAACAUACCGAUACAAUUCAGCAAACGUCUUCCAACAAGCUCGCUGUUGCGACAUCUACGCGUUCAUUAUCUGCCGUAGAAUCUCCAGUACGCAGCGCAUCAAGACAUCAUCAUGACGAAAAUAUGACAAAAUCAGAAAAACCAAUGUUGACAAGGAAGCAAUAUGCGCCACGGAAACAAGAAUCUCCUUCGCCGCCACCCCCUGUGCCCAGUGUAAAACGUGAAAGCAAUAUGCGAAUAGAUUCUUUUAAAACCUCACAUUUUGCGAAAAUGACGAGCAAAGAAAAUCUAUAUGAGCCAGCACCAACGCGACCUCCAUCACUCAAAAUUGAAGUAAUAAAGCCUCCUCGAUCACGGGAGUCUAUCCAGCCACCUGUACAAUUGCCGAUUACUGACGUUCCACCUCCCGAUACUGUUGAGGAAGAAAUAAUCCAAGAAAUCUCACCUCCGAUGUCCGAGUACGUAAAACUACCUUUUGGAACUGAACAACGCGGUCUUCCUCCAUUGCAAACAAGUAUUAGAAGAGAAUCAAUGGAGGACAUUACACCCUCUCCUCCAUGUUGUCUUUCUCCUUCCAUCAAGUCUACUUACCCACCUAAAUCAGAGCCUGUUGAAAUGCCUCAGAAAAAACCACGAACUUUUGAGCCACAAUUUUCAUACAAUUGCCACAUAAAGUGUCCAUAUCAUUUGAAAAAUGAAACGUCAACGUCCACAAAUGAUUUUUUCAUCAAUCUGGAUCAAGACAAAGAUCAGGAAAAGAAAAAACGUAAGAAACAUAGACAUGAAGAUAAAACUAUAAAACAGGGAAGAAAAAAACAUUCUACCAGACCAAAAGUGGAAAAGAGCGAUAAGUCCUGCCAGUGGUUGAUUGAUUCUAGUUGUCAAUAUGUUGCACCAGAAAUAGAAGAAGAAGAAGAUAACAAAAAAAGCGUUCAUAUUGAAGAAAAAAAGCACCGAAGAGAAUCAAAAACCAAAAAUAAAACAAGAUGGUCUGAAAAAUCAAAAUCACAGAGUACUCAAAGUAAAUGGUCUUGUACAUGCUCACAUCGAAGUAGAAAACUAUGCAGGUGCUCUUGUUGUACUUACUAUCAUCGUUCAAAUUUUGAUGAUAGUGAAACGAUGCAAACUAUGUGGGCAUUAACUAGAGUCAAUAUAUUUAGUGAUGAGUCAAGAACAUAUGAAGUUAUGGCUUUGCAACCGCAGCCAAUGUGUGAAAUACCAGAUACAUCAGAAACAGUAUUUGUGGUGUUGCCCGAUGGUAAUGCGAUCACUGUGAGCUCUAGCAGCACAUUAUCUAUAACAAGCUAUCAAACCGACACUGAAAAAGAAUUCAGUUAUUAA